AUGGGGAAAGGGCCGUUGGAGAGAGAGCUCCAGUUUGAGAAAAAGAACGAGAACUUGGUCAAGUUACCUAAAUACGCGAAAGUGGAAAAGCGCCCUAUACCCCACGCUCCAGUCGCCUCGCCCUAUGCAAAUGCCUCUCUGCCCAAAAUUAUCUACGUAUCAAGUGGCACACCUUUCAUGAGCGCCGUGAAGCGUGUCCAGAAGCUUCUUCGUCAUGCCGAGAAGCGCGCAACGGCCAAUAUCAAUCUCGAGGAUACGCGCAAAACAGAGCAACAGAAGCUUGCAGAACUAGCUAAAGCUGCCGAGAACCGAGAAGAGAUUUUUAUCAAAGCUACUGGGCGAGCGAUUGAAAAGGCGCUCAAAGUGGGCAAGUGGUUCGAGGAGAAGCAAACGGAAUAUGCUGUCCGGGUGAAGACUGGGAGCGUGCUGGUGGUCGAUGACAUCGUUGAAGACGAGGGGAAGAAGGAACGAGACGCAGAGAAGAAACAGCGCCAAGAAAAGAAAAAUCAAAAUGCCGGAGAGGAUGCGAACCCUGAGAAGCAGGAUAAAGAAACGAAGGCCCAGGCCAAGAAGAGAAAGCGCGAGGAGCCCAUCGAGGCCGAUGAUGUCGAUGAUGCCGAACUUCCCGAGACACGGACACGGUGGAUUAAAAUGGUUGAAGUGACUGUUAGCCUCAAGUGA